UUUAAAUAUACCUCGGUUUCGAUUUAUAUUUAUUGUUAUACUAGUUGUAAGUGAUAUAAAAUAUUAAACAAUAAACACUAUGGAGGCACCACUAAAUUAUGAUUCCUUAAAAAGAGUUUAUAUGUUUGGCCAAAAUAACGCAGGCAUAAAACAACAACAAUUGCAAAACUACGACGAAUUAAAAGAUCAUCACUUGAGAAAUAGAACACUUUUUGAUGAUCACAAUUUUGCUGUUGAUAGUAAAGUUUUAGGGGAAAUUGAAGGAACAGUAGUUUGGAGAAGACCAUUUGAAAUCUGUCGAGAAAAUGCAUCAUUUAUUAAAGAUGGAGCCACACGAUUCGACAUAAAUCAGGGACAGUUGAAAGACUGUUGGUUUCUUUCAGCUGUAGCAAACUUAACACAAAACCAACAACUCUUUUCAUUGGUUGUUCCACCAGGGCAAAGUUGUAGUGAACAUUAUGCGGGGAUAUUUCAUUUCAGGUUUACAAAAAUUACAUUCUAUUGCAAACUAAAAUUUUCUUUUUUGAAUAGAUUUUGGCAAUAUGGACGAUGGGUGGAUGUUGUUAUAGAUGAUAAAUUGCCAACAAUUAAUGAUGAACUGAUUUAUGCCAAAUCAGGGGAUCCAACUGAAUUUUGGCCAUCACUUCUGGAAAAAGCCUAUGCGAAAUUAUAUGGUUCAUAUAAAAAUAUUGAAAAUGGGAAAAUCAAUGAAGCUUUCGAGGAUUUAUUUGGGGGUUUAUCGGAAGUUUACAAGGCGAAUGAUCAAACAAUCUAUGAUACCAUGAAAAAGUGUCAUGAAAAAUUGGCUUUUAUGGGUUGCUACAUUGCAACGGAGAACACAGAAAAGCGUCCUGAUGGCUUAAUUAAUUUACAUGUUUAUAGUAUUACAAAGUUGUGUUCUCUGGAAGUAAACCAUUCAACUGUGCAAUUGAUAAGGUUGAGAAAUCCUUGCGGUGGAUCGGCCGAAUGGAAUGGACGAUGGAGUGACAAUGAUCACGACUCUUGGAAUUCGAUUUCAAGAGAAGAAAGAGACGAAUUGUGGGUUACAAAUGCUGAUGGUGAAUUUUGGAUGGACGUUACAGAUUUUCAAAAGUGUUUCACGUUUGUUGAAAUUUGUCACCAGAAUCCUUGUUUAUUUCCUCAAAAUGCUGAACCGAACUGGAGAUUUUACAUGUUUGAAGACAUGUGGUUUCCAUUUGUUACAGCUGGAGGAGGGUUGACCGAUAAAGAAACGUUUGCUAAUAAUCCCCAGUACAGUAUUAUAACUGUUGAAGAAGGAGACAACUUGUGUUGGAUUAUUAUAGCCUUGAUGCAGAAGGAAAGGCGAGAAUUGAAAGAAAAAUUUUUACCACUUCAACUACAUUUAUUUCACGUGCCCAAUGAUGAUGGAAGACUUCUCGAUAAAGCAUUUUUUGACUCGAACUCAGCACUAGAGCAAAUUGAAGAACGUGGAGUUCGUCAGAUUCUAAUGAAAGUUCAUUUACCUGCCGGAAAUUACUGUGUAAUUCCUAACACUGGUCAGAAAAACAUAUAUGGAAAUUAUUUAUUAAGAAUAUAUUCCGACAAACAUGGAAGAAUUAGGGAGAAUGAUACUGAAAUCGGAUAUUCUGCUCCAGACAAUGUCGACACUCCAGAUGGACAAGUUACGGGUCAAAUUUGGUCCAAAAUUUUUACAAAAAUAUCUCUCAAGGGCAUGAAAAUUGGGAUGGAGGGCGUCAGGAAAGCUCUCAACGCCCAGUUUGGCAAGAAAAUGUCUUUUAAAACAGCAUUUUCAAAAGAGACAUGUAAAAAUAUUGUUGCGCUAUGGGAUACUAAUCACAGUGGAAAACUGGACUUGCAUGAAUUUCAAAAUAUGAUGCAACAUGUUUAUAAGCUUAAGCAAAUAUUCAAAAAAUACGAUUCUAAUCAUUCCAGAAAAUUAAAUGGUUUUGAGUUAAGAAAUAUACUCAAGGAUUGUGGGUAUCAAGUAAAUAAAAAGAUUUUGAUUAUUCUUAUGUCAAUAUAUGGUGACAAAGGUUCAAUAAGUUUUGAAAAAUUUGUUAUCUGUGUAUUUAAACUGAAAAAGAUCAUAGACGAGUUUAGGAGAAGACAGGGUCACGAAAAUGAGAUAAUUUUAAAUCUAAGUGACUUGAUGGCGAUUUCACUACAUUUAUAAAAUACAGUAAAAAUUUUUAUUCACAAUCACUAUGUAAUAUGCCGAUUUUUAACCUUUUGGAAGUCGGGAAAUUUUUUAUUAGAUCUUUCGGUCGGGAAGUAAUUUAUGAAGGAUUACUAAGGUUACAACUAUGUUAAUGCAUCAGCUUUAACAAAAUAGCAGAUAUUGUAUCUAUUAUUUAAAGAAAUUUAAUUGUGAAUAAAAUAGUAUUGACACAUGCCAUGUCACAUUUUCCACUUCGCAUGUAAUAUACUAUUGUUGAUAUGACAAUAUAACUUUUUGUAUUUAUCAAAAAAAAAAAACGCUAAAACACUUAAAAAACAGCGCUAAUUCUUACUUUAAUUUUCUUACAUUAAUCA